UGAAAAUAUUUUGACAUCAUACACUAACCUAUUGUUAUUGAAAGAACUUCUGUACUCACAUUAAGUUUGUAAAUUUGUAAAAUACAUUUAUCAUACAAAUUUUAUAUAUUUUUUUAUACAAUUAAUUAUUUUUCAAGACUUUCUUGUUCUAGUCAUAUUUUUUGUAACAAGUAUAAUAAUAUUGAUUAUUUAUAAUAAUGGCAUCUCCAUGGGCAAAAAUUCAACCAAUGAUGGAAUCUCUGUCCAUUGAUGAAAUUACUGCCGAGGAAGUAGUAAAAAAUAUGCAAAAAAGGGAAUUAGAACGUUAUAAUGAUUUUAUUGAACAAUCGAAAACAUCUGAACCAAUCAAUACUGAUAAUGAUGGUGUGAUUGCACAACUUCUGCAACAACAAUAUGACCAAGAGAAAGUAAAACUAUGUGAUAAUGACAUGAAAACAGAUGCUCCAAAAGAGGAGAAAGAGUUAAAUGCUGAUGGUAUAGAUACUGAUAAUGAUGUAGCCAUCGCACAAAUGUUACAACAUCAAUAUAACCGAGAUUAUGAUCAUAUGAUUAAGAAAACUGAAGAAAAACUCAAUGGUCUUUCUAAAGUUGGAGUGUCAUUAUCGAAUUAUUUAAUUGGUUAUGAAGCAGAGGCAGAAGAAAAAGACAAUACUAAUGAUGAAGAACAAGAUUUAGAUCGCUUUGUGAGUAUAGAAAAAGAAUUCGCUGAUGUACGUCGUUGUGGAUACAAAAAGAACGCUGAAGGAUCUGGAAUAGUGACGAAACAUGAUGUAUUAAUGUCUUCUCGAAUAAAUGCCUGCCGAGUUCUAGAAUUUCCCCCAGGAAUUUCUACUGGAGAUACUGGUGGCUUUGAUGUCAAAUUAAACAACAAAGUGUUCAAUUCUUUAAAAGUUCAUAAUCAUGCAUUCUGUGCUCGACAAAAUGCUAAAACUCGGCCAAAUAAUAAGUAACAAAUUUUGUAAAAUAUGUACGUCAUUCAACAAGAUUUACAAAAUAUUUUCUUUGACAAUCCUUUUGUUUAAUGCAGCUUAACGACUUGUAAAAUGAUAAAUAUUUAAGUUGAUAGUUAAAUAAGAAUGAAUACAUUAAAAUCUGUGCAAAUAGACUUGGAAUCAUUUCUAUCUGUGAAUAAACACAAUUAAAAGAUU